AUGGAGCGGAUAUUCCAGGCAGGAGAUAUAAUGUUGGGGGCUUUGCUGCCUCUUCAUAUUGACAAAGAGUAUCAUCCAGUGUCCUUCAGAGAAAGACCUCCCCAUAUCAACUGUACAACAUUCAACUUUGAGAAUUUUCAGCAACUCCAGGCGCUAAUAAUUGCUGUUGAGGAGAUCAACAAAAACCCCAAUAUUAUCCCCAAUAUCACAUUGGGAUUCCAAGCCUAUGACUCCUGCAAUGUGCUACAGAAGGAUUUGGAAGGAAUGUUCCAGAUUUUGACAGGACAUGGUGAAGCUAUUCCCAAUUAUCAGUGUCUGAAAAAUAUAUCUGUUGCUGCUGUUAUUGGACCAUAUGUUUCCACGCAUGCAAUUCUGCUGGCGAAUAUUCUUGGGGUAUAUAGAUAUCCUCAGAUCAGCCAUUUUGCAACCAGUCGUCUUCUGAGCAACCAAGUGAUGUUUCCUUCUUUCUUCAGGACAGUCCCCAGUGAUGCUUUUCAGUCAGAAGGACUAGCAAAGUUGGUACUGUUUUUCAGUUGGACUUGGGUUGGGUUGUUGGCAGUAGACAAUGACUAUGGUCAGCAAGGAAUCCAAGUGGUCAAACAGGAAAUAGAAAAGGCUGGAGCAUGUGUGGCCUUUAGUGAGACAAUACUCAUGAGUCUACCAGACCGCAAUGCAAAGCACAUUGUAAAAGUUAUGAAAGACUCAACAGCAACUGCUAUUGUUGUCUUUUCUCUUCCAGCCGAUUUUCUUCCUGUUCUGGAAGAGAUGUUAGUACAGAACAUCACCACGAAAAUGUUAGUGGCAAGUGAAGGGUGGUCCACAUCUACUUUAUUUAUUGGUCAUAAAUUUAAAGAUAUUCUCUAUGGUACUAUAGGUUUAGGACUUCAAAGUGGAAUUAUUCCGGAAUUUAGAGGGUUUCUCAACAAAGCCCAUCUCUCAACGGGCUUAGGGAAUUAUUGGCUGAAGUUACUUUGGGAGGACAUUUUCACAUGCAAAUUCCUGGAAGAGAAAAACCUUACCACUCCAAUGGAAAAACCUGUAAAUAUCUGUACAGGAAUAGAAAGUCUUGAGAGCAUCAGCAAUAGUUACAAUGAUGUUUCAAGUUUGAGAACAACUUACAAUGUAUACACUGCUGUGCAUGUUGUGGCCAAAGCUUUGGAAGACCUUAAAAACUGCUGUGAAACAGGAGAUUUAUGCCCUCAUCGCAGAUGCCCAGAUAUCUGGAAUUUUACUCCAUGGCAGCUCUUAUACUAUGUAAGAAAAGUGAGGAUCAAGCUGAGCAGUGGUAGAGAUCUAUUUUUCGAUCAAAAUGGGGACCCACCAGCAGUCUAUGACAUUGUGAAUUGGAAACUAAGCCCAGAAGGCACUAUUAAGCAAGUCAAGGUGGGCAGUUAUGACAUUGCUGCUUCUUUCGGUCAAUUCUUUACUCUCAACACAAGUGCUAUUAUGUGGGCUACUGAAGACCAUAAGUGUUCUUGGGAUGAAUGGCCAAAUCUCCAAAACUCAAGAUGCAUCCAAAAGGGAAUAGAGUACCUGUCCUAUGAAGAUCCUUUGGGAGCCACUCUGGCAGCUACAAGCAUCUUGUCAUCCUUGGUUCCUGUAUUCAUCUUGAGACUGUUUAUCAAACAUAGAACAACUCCCAUAGUGAAAGCCAACAAUUAUUCUCUAAGUUGCCUGCUUCUGUUCUGUUUGCCCCUCUGUUUCCUUUGCUCUUUGGCAUUCGUUGGCUUCCCUCAACCAGAAAAAUGCCUUUUGUGUCAAGUGGCAUUUGGGUUGGUGUUUGCCCUCUGCGUCUCUUGCAUUUUAGCCAAAACUAUUAUGGUGGUUCUUGCUUUUAUGGCCACCAAACCUGUUAGCAAAUUAAGGAGAUUGGCUAGUCCUUUGGUGUCCUACAUAAUUAUUUCUAUAUGUUUUCUUCUGCAAUUUCUCUUAUGCAUGGUAUGGCUUCUAAAAGCACCUCCUCACACAGAAUAUAACACAGAAACAAAACCCGGAAUCAUCAUUGUCCAAUGUAACAAUGGCUCUACUGUGGGUUUCUGGAGUAUGCUUGGAUAUCUUGGUCUCCUGGCCACUAUCAGUUUUAUUGUUGCUUUCUUGUCUAGGGGACUCCCUGACACCUUCAAUGAGGCCAAAUACAUCACCUUUAGCAUGCUGGCUUUCCUUAGUGUCUGGGUGUCCUUUACACUGGCAUCUCUCAGCGCACAAGGAAAAUAUAUAGUGGCUACAGAGAUCUUUGCCAUCUUGUCUUCCAGUUGGGCCUUGGUGAUUUGCAUGUUUGUCUCCAAAUGCUACAUCAUACUCUUCAAGCCCCAGAUGAACUCUAGGAAAAGUCUUAUAAAGAAAGAUUGUAAACCUGUAAGGGCCAAACAUAUCAUGUGA